UCUACUUCCUAAACUCCUUACAGUCAGUUGAUUCGCGAUGGUUCCAAAAUCAAUAUCCAUCAUCUUUUCCCCGUACCACGUCGGCCUUCGGGACCACCGCGUUGGCGACGGGCCCAACCGCAUUCGCGCCGCGGGAGUCACAGAACAGCUCAAAAAGCUGGGCGUUCAGGUCCAUUUCCUCGAGCUGCCGCCCGUCGACGACUUCGAGGGCGAGAUCGGCCGGAGCUUCGAGCUGCUGCGUCGCACAUCGCAGGCCGUCGCGGAGGUCCGCGCCGCGCACUCCUUUCCCCUUGUACUGUCCGGGAACUGCAUGGCGAGCGCCGGUGUGGCGUGCGGUCUGGAUGUUGCCGAGCUCGGGUGGAUCUACUUCGACGCGCACGACGACAUGGAUACGCCGUCGACAAACAUGAACGGGUACCUGGACGCCAUGGGCUUAUCGAUGCUCGCGGGGAAAAGCUUUGAGCGGCUGGCAAACACUAUCCCUGGCUUCCGGCGGCGCGAGUACACCAAGAUGAUUUACUGCGGGCUGCGCGAUGUCGAGGACAGCCAGAAGCAGACGGUGCGAGACGCCGGCGCCGAGGUCAUUUGGGGUGAAGCAGGCAGAAUGGUGGAUUUCGCGGGGGAGCUUGCAAGAGCUCUGAGUAAGAGAGAUUACUCGCCCGCACUAGUCCACCUGGACCUUGAUGUCUUGGACGAGACGGUGGGGAAGGUCAACGGCUUUGAGAGCCCGGGGGGGUUGCAAGAGGACGACCUUCUCAGGUGCAUGGAUCUGGUUCCGCAGAAGGCCACGCCUACCUCCCUUACGGUUUGCUCGUUUAACCCGGGAUUAGGAGACGGCGAUAGGAUUGCAGCUAUUGGUGUAAAGGCCAUCACUACGUUUGUCCGCUCACUGAUUAAGUCCGGGGGCUUGAGCUUGGAAUAGAAGACUCGUUCCACAGUACAAAAAUGUCGUAGAUUACUCCUGCACUCCUCUCUACCUAGCCACUAAGCAUAACACACUGCUAGUUGUCUGACUUCUCGUUAACACUACGCAAAUAAGAAGUAAAGCAGGUGACGAUAAGGAU